AUGGUUUGUGGGAAGGCUUGUCAUCUGUCGGUAGAGAUAGAGCAUAGGGCCUAUUGGGCUUUGAAAUUCCUAAAUUUUGAUGAAUCUCUAUCUGGUGAGAAGAGGAAAUUACAGCUCCUAGAGCUAGAAGCGAUGAGGCUUAAUGCCUAUGAAUCAUCUAAGUUAUAUAAACAAAAGAUGAAGGCAUAUCAUGACAAGAAGUUGUUGAAGAAGAGUUUCCAACCAGGACAACAAGUGUUACUCUUCAAUUCCAGACUUAAGUUGUUCUCAGGGAAGCUCAAGUCUAAAUGGUCUGGUCCCUUCACUAUCAAAGACGUGAAGCCUUAUGGAGUUGUGAAAUUGAUGAACCCUUCCUCAGAUGAUCCGGAGAGAAGCUGGGUGGUGAAUGACCAAAGGUUGAAGUUGUAUCAUGGUGGGAACAUUGAGAGGCUAACCACCAUUCUCAAUCUGCAAGACCCUUAG